CUGAUAUUAUCGAUAUAGAUGAACUUAAACAUGUGAAAAAGCAGACGAGGCAUUCGACUAUGAGUAUGAAUACGUAUAUGGCAUUGUCACGACAGCACUGAAGGCAUUUUCUGUAUGAGAAAAACUGAAUAUCGAAUCUCACUAACGGAAGACGCCAUCAAAGAUCCUACCGACUUGCGCAAGAACGUGAAGAGGAUUUUAGAGGUUAUAGUGCUUGUUAAAGGAUAGGAUAACAGCUAGUGAGGAAACUCCGUGUAUAAGAGAUAAUCAAGAAAAAUAAGCAUGUAUAGUAGCAUAGAAAAUUCGUCAUGUUUUUCUUGGCGAAAGAAAUCUGCGCAAGAAAAUGCCAGACUUGUGGCUAAGAAUUACGAGAUCGUGAAACUGAGGCAGAUUAUUGAGGAGGAUGUUAGAGUUGAGGAACUAGAGCAUAAAAAUACGGAACUUGAGGCUAGACUCGCGAUAUUGGAACAGAGUUCCUUGGUGGUGGGUGAACAACCACAGAAUGAUAAGGAAACGAUUGUAGAGGUGCUACCAGAGGUGACGGUAUCAAAUAUUGAUUUAUCUAACACCGUAAUAGACCAGCGAAAUAAUGUUGACACUAAAACAUCGGGGGAAAUGGAGAUGGAUGCUUUCUUGGUUGAGGUAAAUAAGAAAAGCAUUUGUGACAAAUUUAGAGAGAGGAAGCGAGAAAAGAAGGUUCAGCAUAAUACGAUUGCCAAAGACUCAUCCUGACUUGACUCACUGAGAGGAGGAUCUCUCCAUGACUAGCGCUAAACCUGUAACUCUCCCAGAACGGAUAGUCAAAGAAUCGACUCCAGCCUGUAAGUCAGUUACCUCUGGUAACAAAUCAUCUGCUGGGACAUCACCAGUAAAAUCAUCUAUGGUGGACAAACAGGCUCCGACUCCUGAGGACUUCUGAGAACAUAGUUCUUUAGAAGCAAUUCUGAUGGGAUCUAGUGAAGUUACGGCACAGAAUAUAGUUGAUCUAUUUAGAGUAGCAAUGAAGCUUUAGACGUAAGGAGAUUGUAUACUGGUAUUGUUACUAUAAAGCAUAUGAGGAUCGA